AUGCUUCACCUCGAGGAGGCCGGUGCUGCUACCAAGCAGUCUCGCGAGAAGAUGUCCCUCAAAGCCAUUCGGACGGAGACAAAGGAGUUGCUGAAGGUGAAAGAUGGGCAGCUGAAAAUGUAUCAGGCGUCCAGGAAGGAGAGGCUGCAUCUUCAGGCGGGUUCCACGGCGGAGAUGACGGGCGAAAUUGCCUCGAAGCGCCUCUCCGCGAAGGUGCAGGCGCGGAAAGUGCGAACUCAGAUUUCGGAGCUGAAGGAUGGCGCGGUGUCGAUCACUGGUCCGAAGGAGAUUCUGGCGGCAGCGUCGCGCUACUUGAGGAACAUCUUUGGAAAGGGUCGCCGGGUUGAGGGCGCGGAGUGGAGCUUCCGUCCGGCUCGUCGUCUGGAUGCUGGGGUGGCUGAGACACUUACAGCGGACUGGACAGAGCAAGAAGUUAAGAAAGCUUUUGCGGAGAUGGCGAAGAACAAAUCCCCCGGCAGCGACGGUCUGCCGAAGGAGCUGUUCGAGGCACAUUGGGACCUGUUGGGGGAAAGCUUCAUGGUCAUGGCAAAGAGUUUUCAGAGCAGUGCAUCUCUACCGGUGGAGCUCAAGGAAGCCGUAACGAUUCUCCAGCACAAGAAGGGAGAUAAGGAGCAACUGAAUAACUACCGUCCAAUCACGUUGCUAAAUUUCACUUACAAGGUCUUGGCUAGGGUGGUGGCGGACCGCAUGAAAUCUGUUCUUCGCAUAAUCAUUUCACCUGAGCAGUAUGGCUUCAUCCCCGGUCGCCGCCUCUCAGAUGCAGUAGCGCUGGUGGCGGACAUUAUCGAAGGAGCAAAAAGCGGGAAUGAAGACUGGUACAUGCUUAUGGUGGACUUCUAG